CUGUAGUUCUUAACAUCUCUGUGUGUGCAUAUUUUUUUAGGGGUUAUUCUUCUCCUUGUAAAAAUCUAUCAAAUUUUAGGUUUUUUUUUUCAGUUUGGGUAACCUUGCUAUUAAACUUAGGGUUGUUUGGUACCAAUUAUACCUUGAUGUAAUCAAUGUAAGAACUAAGAACCUAGACUUCUUCAUCUUGAACUUGUCUGUGGUCGCCCUUGAUAUGGUUUCUGAGGUUAUAAGCAUCGGUUGUGUCUUUGUGCAAUCUACAUGUUUUUCUAUUGAAUUGACCACCACUAAAAAUAGUACUCACUUGCCAAAGGAGAUGUUAAUAUUGAUGCCAGCUCCAUUCAAACCUGCAAGUUGAAUACACCGAGCAAUUGGCAUUCAGGGUUUGGUGGUGAAUCAGUGGCCAUGAAGUCGGCUCAGUCCCGUUCGUCGUCGACGAACCAUAAUCUGGAUCAGAACAGCAGCGAUAUUGACGACACAUGGGGUGAUGAUAGAGAAUUUGAAUUAGGCAGGGAGUGGCAAAGGCGUCAUGAUGAACUUCAUACCAUUGGCUAUCACGAAGGUCUUUCAAAGGGACAAGAAGCUGCUGUGCAAGAAGGUUUUACUGUUGGAUUUAAGGAAUCUGUAUCCGUUGGAUAUAAGUGGGGCAUGGUUAAAGGCAUUUCUAGUGCACUGGCAAAACUUCCUGAUGGUUUAAAGGAAAGGUUAGUUGAGAGCUUAGAAGCAAGAGAUAAGCUUCAGAUGUUGCACACAUCUGUCAGUUCUGUUUCUAGUGCAGAUGCUCUUGGUUUGUAUCGUGAUGAAAUCUUACCUUAUCAAUCAAAAGUAUAUUCUGAAGCUGCUGAAGGGGACUCCAGUUCAGAAACCCCGUUAGAUCACAUUUCAAGAUGCAAUCGGCUAGGUAGUUAUUCGGAAGAGCUUGAGUUUCUUCUUCAAUCUUCUGCGAUUGAAGUGCAUUCAGCAGUGGCAUGAGACAUGGCAACUCAUUCCUUGUAUACAACUGCAGCUGAUAUAACACGCUGAAUCACACUGAUGUACAUAAUAUAUGAUUCAACUUUGUGACUCAUCCGUUGAAUUGUGGUUAUGGUUAUCAGAAUUUUCGCUAUUACACUAGUUGUUUCUGUCAGUAUAUUUACAGAGAUACCAAUAAGAUUUGAUUUUCAUUUUGCGAAGAAACGGUCCCUGAAACAUUACAGUUUUUUGUGUUCAGGGACAAAAGUUCACUACUUGCAGCAAACUAAGAUUUUGUGUGUAAUUAAGUUUCAUUAUAUAAGUCUUUAUGUCCGCGGUUGUCUGUUUUGUUAUUUAAUGUGGUGUUUUUUGUGUUUUGUA